AUGGAGACGGAAGGACGCGAGCGCCUUGGUGCUGAGAAGCAGGCCUGUGUUCAGCAGGUCAUGAAUCGUUUCCCUGACAUCUGCCUGGAAUAUCUUUCUUCGAUCGUCGUGCCUCAUGCCUACAAGGCCGAGCAGGUCAUUAACCACAUCCUCGAGCGACAGAACUCGGGAGAAGGGUAUCCCAAGGAGCAGACGGAAAUCAUAUCCACGUUCAAAGAAGAAUCUGGGGAAGGAAUGGACAAAUGGAGAGACAAGCAGCGUGAAUGCACCGACCCCAGUCGGCCAGCGGAAAGCCUUGGUAGUCCCGGCUUCGAACUCACCAAGAAAAUCCUCGCCGGGGAUUUUCCAUACGUCCCCAUGAAGAACCUUGUGGAGAUUAUGUCGAACCACAAAAACCACCUCUACCCGAGUUACAUUGCGACCUUGGAGAUUGCUGCCAACAAUAUGUUUCAUGGCGCACCACUCCCAUGGACGCCGAAGAAGUACCCCUCGCCCAUUGACAAACGGUACGAGGACAAGAGUAUUUUUGUCACUUUGCGUUCGACCCAAGAUCCCACUGAGGGCUAUCUCGUUGCGGAACUCGCCCUGUCUAGACUGGUCAAACGCCAACAGAGCUUGAGACUAUCCACGCUUAGUAUCAGUCACAGAGAUGUCCUGAGUCUUCAGCAGGCCAUCGCUAGCGGCCGAGUCUCCGAGUGCGAGGGUUGCUUUGCAGAGUACCUCACGAACCGCCUCAUCCAUUGCGACGGAGAGCGACCCCAUCUGUUUUGUCCCAAGUGCUGCGCGACAAAUGCUGAGACCCAGAUUACUCAGUCCAAGCACGAGCUCCGAUGCAUGUCCAUCGAGGACUGUAGUGCCGGCUUCUCUGUCGGCGAGCGUGCCAAGUUCCUCACCAUGGACCACAUCAAGUCACUUGAUCGUAUCGAAAAGUAG